GAAAGCUGACAAAACGACGCGGUGAGACGAAGUGCUGUGCUGGGUCUGAGUCACUGAGUGUGCAGCAGAAAACAGCCAGAGCAGCAGUCUGCCACAGGGCCGGUGGGGGCCUGGGAGAGAGGGAAGAAGGACGCAGUGUGGGCGGGUUGAGAAGCGCCGAGAGGGAGGGGACGCCAGCGUAAUAUUCCCCUCGUUUUUUUUUCUUCCUUCUUCUUCCUCCCGUUCAUCUCCUGAAAAAAACAAGGACGUUCGCAGGUCUGCUCUUCCCCCUCCUCCUCCUCAUCUUCCUCCUCGCUUCUCAUCCCCCGAUUCUAGCACCCAGCCCCUGCGCGUCCUCCUUUUGAGACGACCCGCCUGCGUCCUUCUGCGCUCGGGGGGGUCUGAGCGUGUUGUCGGGCCGAGCCGAGCCGUGCCGAGCCGAGCGGCAGGGGCGUGAGCGGCGGAUGCUGCGAGCCUAGAGGCAGAGGGUACCAACCAGGAGCAUCACCCAUCACCCGCCACGAUGGACAGAAUGAAUUUUCUCUCCUUCCUCCUACUUUGCUUGACUUCGGUUGCCAGUGGCAACAAAGCCAAUAAGCACAAGCCAUGGAUCGAGACAGAGUACCAGGGGAUUGUCAUGGAGAACGACAACACUGUGCUCCUCAACCCCCCUCUUUUUGCCCUGGACAAAGACGCUCCACUUCACUAUGCUGGUGAAAUCUGUGGCUUCCGGGUUCAUAAUGGCCCCUUGGGUUCAGGUUCAGUCCAAUUUGAAGCAGUGGUCCUGGACCGCUCCACCGGUGAGGGCCUGGUGCGGUCCAAAGAGCCGCUGGACUGCGAGAGCCAGCGGGAGCACAGCUUCACCAUCCAGGCCUACGACUGUGGAGAGGGACCCGAUGGAGUCAACAGCAAAAAAUCCCACAAGGCCACGGUGCAUGUGCGUGUGAACGACGUCAACGAGUUCUCCCCCGUGUUUGUCGAACGUCGCUAUGAGGCUUCUGUCCCGGAGGGGCGUCUCUUUGACCGCAUCGUGCGCGUGGAGGCUCUGGAUGCUGACUGCUCCCCCCAGUACAGCCAGAUCUGCUUCUAUGACAUCAUCACUCCCAAUGUGCCCUUUGCUAUUGACAACGAUGGUAACAUCAAGAACACAGAGCCUUUGGAUUCAAAGCGGCAGCGUGUUCACACCUUCUGGGUGACCGCCUUUGACUGUGGAAAGAAUCGUGCUCAGGCUGAUGCCCAAGUCGUUGUCACGGUCAAGCCGUCCUGCAAACCUGGCUGGAUCGGGUGGACCAAGCGCGUGGAGUACACCCCCGGGUCAGGCAGCAUCCCGCUGUUCCCCAGCCUGCAUUUGGAGACUUGUGAAGAGACUGUGUGGAACAUCCAGGCCACCGUAGAGCUGCAGACCGGCCACAUCGGGAAGGGCUGUGACAGAGACAGCUACUCUGACAGAUCUGUGAGGCGUCUAUGUGGUGCUGUCAGGGGCGAAGUAGACCUCCUCCCACCUCCGUCUCCUGCUGCUAACUGGACCUCAGCUCUGCCUACGCUCCCCUCUUCUGAUUCAUCCUUAGUCUUCUCCUUCAACGGCUCCAAUCACGUCGCUGUGGUGCCCGAUUCGGUUGUAUCAGCUCUAUCGGGUGACCACUUUACCCUUCAGCUGUGGAUGCGCAGGGGGGGUGCCAACAUUCAGGCUGCAACCACUCAAACAAGAGGAAAUCGCAAGGAGGAGGAGACCAUCGUGUGCAGCACGGUCAAGAACGAUGACUCCUAUUCCCAUUACUCUCUCUCCGUCCAUGGCUGCCGCCUCUCACUCUUCUACUGGCCCGAUGUCUCAGCCGCACGACCCGUCAAGUUCUUGUGGAAACUGGAACAGGUGUGUGACAGCGAGUGGCAUCACCUCUCACUGAGCGUCCAGUUCCCAUCUGUGACUCUGUAUGUGGAUGGAGUGACCUUUGACCCUGCCCUCAUUCACGACAACGGGGCUAUCCCCAACCCUGCAGCCCGCCAGAGAAUGUUCAUCGGUGCCUGCUGGGAGCCUGAGGAGAAGCAGAAGGACAUACUGAACAACACAAUCCCAGAGGGGAAAGAUUCAGUGAGGUACGUAGGUGGGUACCAUGGUCUGUUAUCGGGGGUGACAGUGCGUCCUGGCAGCGUGGAGCCGCACAGCGUGGUGGAGUGUCUCUACGCAUGCAGGGAGGGGCUGGACUUUGGAGACCUUGAGACUUUGGGCUCUGGAAUGAAGGUACACGUGAACCCCAGCCAGUCUGUGUUGGUGCUGGAGGGAGACGACAUUGAGAGCUUUAACCGCGCCGUGCAGCAGGUCACCUACAGAAACUCGCUUCGCUUUGCCACUCCUGGAGUCCGUCCACUCAAGCUCACGACCUCACUCAGAUGUUUCAAUGAGGAGAGCUGCCUGUCUCUCAAGCAGCUGGAGGGAUACCUGGUGGUGCUUCAGCCGGAUGCCCCUCAGAUCUCUCUGUCCGGGGUCGGUCCUCAUCUUGCCCGUCCAGCUCCUGAGUUCGAAGGUCCCCGCGGUGUUCCCCUCUUCCCGGAGCUGCGCAUCGUCUGUUCCCUUUCACAUGCUGUCAACACAGCCGCACAGGGGAUGGAGGGUGGCGCUUUGAUGUCUGACGCCGUGGCUCACACUUUGGAUGGCUGUGAGGUGCAGCCACUGGGAGAGGAGCUAAACCAAGAGGGGGAGGAGCUUCUGGUGGACAUGGACGUUGUGCGAGAAAGAGGCCUAGAAAUCAUCAAUACUACCGCCUACAUUGCAAUUACAGGUGCCGAAUCGAUCUCUGUGUACGAGGACGUCCUUCGGUCAGUUCGCUACCGUCUGACUAAAGGCUCUGCUCGCUUUGAGAGGCGGUUCCGCUUGUCCUGCUCUGAGAUGAACGGCAGAUACACCAGCAAUGAGCUGACUCUGGAGGUUAACUUCCUCCACUCUUUGGACAGUCUUUACCACCCAGCUCACCUUAUGGCCUCCCAGCAGCAGUUCCUCCACCCAUUCCAUCAUGCUGGAGAGUUGAGUGGUCACGCUUUGCCUAAUCAACACCGCAACUCAGUGGUUCCAGGGGCGGCCACCGUCAUCAUUAUGGUGUGCGUGGGUUUCUUGGUUGUCAUGGUGAUCCUGGGCGUUUUCCGAAUCCGCUCCAUUCACCGCCGCGGUGAAGGCUCCAGGGGCGGGGCUAAAGAGGGAAACAACCAAUGGGACGACUCUGCGCUAACCAUCAUCGUCAACCCGAUGGAGUCCUAUGAGUCCCGCAUGGGCAUCUCUGCCGACACGGAGGGAGAGGGCGAGGAAGAUGAGGAGGUAGCGGAAUCACCUGACGACGCCAGCGAUGACCAGCGGAUCAUCAUCAAGAAGGAGGGCCGGAACGGCAGCGCCCGUCGCUACUGAGACACACCUUUAUCAACACCAGUUCUCAUGGAAACCACAAAUCAGCUCACCAGUCACACACUCCAACCCUUUUAAUAUCAACGACUGCUGACACUAGUAUAAGGAAUGUAUGCUUACAAACACAACGCACAACACAGUCACUGUUAUACUCUCAACACUCAACGCCAUACGUGACCUAAAGCCGACAUCGGGCUGUUGUUCUCCACCUAAAUGUUCAAUGGCACAAUGUAUACAGUUAAUGUAAUUUACCCACCUGACUAAACCUUGCCAAAAUUGUAUGUGGUGCACCAGUUUUAAAUCACAAGGCAGUCAUGUAUCUGUGUAGUGAAAUGCUGUUUGCAAGGAGGCUGUUUUCUUUGAAAAAUAUAGGAUUGUAUUCUAUCUUUUAUUAUCAAUAACAGAGUGAAAUCUUUACAAGAUUGUUAAGUGGAACAAUUUGCAACACGAAGGCCUUGAACAGACCUGUAGGCAAAGACACAACCCUUGAUCCCCUACACAUCUCUGAACUUCCUAAUUAGACUGACUCCAGAAGUCUGUGCACAAGCUAUUUUCUCCCCCUUUGCAUCCUUUCCUGACAUCUACCCAAACCACCACAGAAUGAUAACAGUGAGGUCAGACUCUAUACUUCCUAACAGAUGUUUUCCUUUCGCUGAUCAGAGCCAUAUUCUGAGUGGGGCUCCAGAUCAUUUUCAAGCAUUUACCAACUACUGGAUCAAAUCUGUGUGCACGUUGAGUACGUGUACAAAAUGCCACUGAGGCUUUAGCUUGAAACUGGAGCCUGUGCAAAGCUCCAGCUUGUGCCAUGACGUAACAAAAUCAGCACCAUCUACUCUACGGGUGGUGUACCUGCCCUCUGACCCUCACUGCCCCGAUUCGCCCGCCACACACCGCUCUAUAGGAUGCUUUACGCACACACCAAAACAUACAGACACACUCCAUAACGCUACCCCUGCUGUUUGCAUAAUGUCCGCUCAGCUUGGACAGUUUUGAUUGUACUGACUGUAAUGAAUUUUAUGUACAUACAAUGAUGACUAUUAUGAUAUUAUUAUUACUAUUAUUACUGCGACCACUCUUUCUCUUUUUCUGCACAUUUUCGAGAAGGAGCAAACUAUAAUUUACUUUUUUUUCCCAUUUGAGGAAUCACCUUCCCAGUAUCAGAAAAUAGUAUAAUAAUAAUAAUGAUAAUAGUAGUUGUGAUAAGGAUGAUAAUCCCUGGCUUGAUGAGUGUCUCUUAAUUUGUGUGUAAUAUUGUUGUAAUUUAAGAACUUGUCAAUAUCUGAAUCACAGAAAAAGGAGGGCACAUUGUUGUGAUACUUCAAUAACGUCUCACUCAUAUCAUAUUUCACACUUCAGGGUAAUUUUUCACAUUUCCAAGUGAAACAUUUAUUUUUCUCAUCAUUAUUAUUAUUAUUUUUCUAUGAGCUUUCCACUCCAACUGGGAUCUUUGGUUCAAUGAAUGUACAACUGUGUGCUUCUCCUCACCUUCUCCUCCCUCCCUCCCUCCUCCGCCCCACCCCCCCGCCUUUAUCCGCCACCUCUCCCUUACUCUCCCUCUGUGUCUCUUGCUGUCUGUCUGUGUAGCCUAUCAAUGUGCAGUGCUAAGGCUGUCAGUAAAUAAAGCCUCUUGUUUUUAAGUGUGAUGUUCAGAAGGAAUAAACAUUGCAUUGAUUGAUAACUUAUAUUAUUACUAUGUUACUAUUCAAACAUUACCUGUAAUUAUUGAUACAAUGCCGACAUGGAUUAUGCUGACUAAUUGUUAUUGAGAAGUAUCAGAAAACAUUACAAAAUUCAUAAUAAAAACACUAUAUGACGUC